GAAGAUGGACCGAGUCAGAUGGCAUUAGAAGACCUAGCUAUGUUCCGUUCAGUAAUGGGAUCUACAGUUUUCUACCCUUCCGAUGCUGUGUCGACUGAGCGUGCGGUUGAACUUGCCGCCAACACACUCGGUAUCUGUUUCAUCCGUACUGGAAGACCGAACUGUCCUGUUAUUUACAAGUCAGAUGAACCCUUCGCUAUAGGACACGGAAAGGUGGUGCGCUCUUCAGGAUCAGCGACAGAUCGUCUGACGAUUGUGGCUGCUGGUGUUACAUUGUUUGAAGCACUCAAGGCAGCUGACCUUCUUUCCGCAGAAAAUAUACAAGUACGGGUUAUUGAUCCAUUCACAAUCAAACCAAUGGAUGUGGACUUACUUAAAACAGCUGUUCAGGAAACCUGUGAGCACGUAGUGACCGUCGAAGAUCAUGCACCUGAAGGUGGUAUCGGUGAUGCUGUCGACGGUGCCUUGGCCCUUGCGGGGGUGAAGCACAUCGUGCACCGGCUGGCGGUGCAUGAAGUACCUCGUUCGGGUACAUCCGAGGAACUAAUGCACAAAUAUCGUAUCGAUGCAAAUGCCAUAUUCCUUGCUGUGAAAGAUAUAUUAGCGGGGCUUUAA